UUAUCGGAAGGCAUAGCUUUUGGACGCCGAGGAAUAAACGUUCGUGUUCGUGUAUAAACCCUCGUUGUUACUUCUCCUGCAAACAAGAGAGCACACGCCUUCAUCGGGUUUUAUUUCUAUUCGCCCGCCAAAUCGUGGAAUCUCUCGGAGGUGGAGGUUCGAUCUCCGCAUUAGCUGCUCUCUAUCUGUUCUUUUACCAAUUUUAUUGAUGUUUUAUGAGGGUUUCCGAUGAUUCGGCUUCUUGCAAUCUAUGGAAGAGGGCUGGCAUUUGAGAAAAAUAGAACGGGCUACAUUUUACAACCUAAACAGAAAUCAUGCUCCACACAAGUAAGGAAUCAGGGGGCACUUGUUGGAGCUGGACUGCGUUGCUUGUUGCAAAGAUUUGUUCUUCCUUUCAAGGUCCCUCGCAGAGGGCAUAGUCUGAUGCCAAGAUACAAAUUUAAGAAAACUAAUGUGUACAAGAGGAACUUUGUUGAGAAUCUCAGUAUCCAUCUAAUAGACAAUUCUUGUAGGACCAAUUAUGUUAAGUUGGCAUGGAGGAGGCUUAGCCAUUUAUCUUCUUUCAGUAGCAGGCGAAGCUUCACACCACUAUCUAUGGCUGCAUAUGCCGUGAGCUUGGCUUUCACUAGGUUCAAACUGGUUCCUGGUAUAGUCGCUUUGAGCAUUGGGGAGUUAACUUGUGCUCAGAGGGCUUAUGCUGAUGGAGGUUGUCUCUCUUUGAGGGAUGAUUUUUACAUGAAAGUACAAGAUGGCCGUAUGUUUCUCUCUUCUGUUGUGCACUCAAUCAUAGAGGGUGUUGUAUUGUUCUUCAGAAUCUCAUUCCUGGCAAUCUUGUUUUCACCUGCUCUUGCAAUGGCUCCAUUUGUGGACAUGUUUGGUAUUAAAUUUAGAAAGACAUGGCUUCACCUUGUCCAUCAUACUCUAGAAGCAGCAGGCCCGGCUUUCAUAAAAUGGGGUCAAUGGGCAGCAACACGCCCAGAUCUCUUCCCAAAUGAUCUGUGCACAGAGCUGGCAAAGCUCCACUCAAAAGCACCUUCUCAUAGCUUUGCCUAUAGUAAACGUUCAAUUGAGAAGGCAUUUAAUCGUAAACUAACUGAUAUCUUUGAAAACUUUGAGGAGACACCUGUAGCUUCUGGCAGCAUUGCCCAAGUACAUCGGGCCUCUUUGAGAUUUCUUUAUCCCAAUCAACGGUUGAAAAACCCAAUUGAAGUUGCAGUAAAGGUGAGGCAUCCUGGUGUUGGCGAGUCAAUAAGAAGGGACUUUGUGAUUAUCAAUCUUGUUGCUAAAAUUUCACGGUUUAUUCCUGCGUUGAACUGGUUGAGGUUGGAUGAAAGUGUGCGGCAGUUUGCUGUUUUCAUGAUGUCUCAAGUCGAUCUUGCAAGGGAAGCUGUUCAUUUGUGCCGUUUUAUUUACAAUUUCCGCAAAUCAAAGAAUGUAUCUUUCCCUAAACCCCUCUAUCCGCUCAUUCAUCCUGCUGUUUUGGUGGAGACGUUUGAAAAAGGGGAAAGUGUCUCUGCAUACCUUGACAAUUCUAGAACAAAUAAUCACAUUAAAAGAGGCCUUGCACGUAUCGGAACGGAUGCACUCUUAAAAAUGCUUUUGGUGGACAAUUUUGUCCAUGCAGAUAUGCAUCCAGGGAACAUUCUUGUCCGGAUACCACAGAAAAGGAGGUCAACCAGAAGGCUCUUCAGAGCCAAGCCUCAUGUUAUUUUGCUUGAUGUGGGCAUGACUGUUGAGCUUUGUAAUAGUGAUCAGCUCAAUUUAUUGGAACUUUUUAAGGCGGUUGCUCUUCGAGAUGGUCGUACCGCUGCUGAGUGUACACUAAGGUUAUCGAAGCGCCAAAAUUGUCCGAAUCCACAGGCGUUUAUUGAGGAUUUGGAUAGAAUGUUCACAUUCUGGGGAACUCCUCAAGGUGACAUUUUUCAUCCAGUUGAGUGCAUUCAGCAGCUGCUUGAACAAGUUCGACAGCAUAAAGUGAAUAUUGAUGGCAAUAUUUGCACUGUGAUGGUGACUAUUAUGGUGCUCGAGGGCUGGCAACAGAAGCUAGAUCCAAACUUUGACAUUAUGCGGACUCUGAAAACAUUGCUAAUCGAUGAUGGCUCGGCACGACCUAUUGAUUGCUUAUUUUCUUGAAACAGUUUUAACAGUAAGUUACCUUAAUGGAAUUUGUAAAUUUUGCAGUGGACACAAUAUUUUCCAAUACAUAGAUUACAUUUGAUGCACAUUAGACUUGUUACUUUCAGUUUAGUCUUCAUUCAAACUCAAAUGUAAUCCCAGUUUUGUAACCAUUAUUCUUUUGUCACCAUCAUCCUAUGGAUGACCCUGGUUUUGAAACAAAAUAAAAUAUUGUUUGUUGGAUCUUCA